AUGACGCUGCGACAAACUCGACUUGACGAAAGGAAGGAGCAAGACUCUUCUGCAAAGAGCGGGGACUCAUCAGAGGAGCAGAUCGCUGCCGGCGACAAGCGCAAAGCUCCCGCAAACGAAAGCGCUGACAACGCAGACAACGAUGAUCGUGCCAAGAGCCGCAAGACGGACGAUUCCGCCAACCAAGAUGACGACAACGCAAAGGCCCAGAAGGACACCGACACGAAUGCAUCAGCGCCGACCACGCUCUCUGGCAGUCAAAGCAAGGCCGACAAUACGCUCAAAGGCGAUGACAUUGAGAUCAACGAAGGUAAUUCUGACGGCAAGAAGGAAGUGCCCUGGCACGUUAGCGAAAAGGGACUCGUCUACUUCUUCUACCGACCCAAGGUGCAAUCGGCGGACAAGGCCGAUUCGAAGAGCACCGAGUCUCUAGAUGACGUGCAGAACACCUUCAUGCUGCUCGUACCAAGAGCGAGCGAGUCCGAGACGGCACCAGCUUCCGAUGCUUCAAAGGAGCAAGGCGAUAAGAGGGAGCCACCCAAUCCUACAGCGUAUCGCCUUGUCUCACUCGGCAAGAAACGCAUGCCAAGCCCUGAAGCCGCAUUGAAGGCUGGACAGGAGCCAGGUGGUAUCGGUGGCCGCCACAGCGAGGCGAUCUGGGCGACUGUAGCCGAUAUCGGCGCAGAUCUCAAGGCUGUUGCGGAGGGGAUGGGAGCAGAGCGGUACUCUACCAAGACACGAGGCGAGCGGCUCAAGCCGGCCGCUCGACCAGCAGGACGAGGUCACUAUGCGCUGAGCAUCAAGACGACGGAUCCGCCAUCCUCGCGCGAGGUGCGAAUCACGUACCACCUAUCGCACCCGAGCGAGAAAGACUUUGGUCAAGUACAGGAGGAGCUCGGACUGCAUCCCGCGUCGUCGGUGUUAAUGCAGAUGCGGAACCCGACCCUCGCGCCGACGGGACCCAACGCGCCAGCAGCCGGGCUUCCGGAGGACAAGAGGGCUAUUCUGACCAAGGAAGAGCUGCAGGAGAACUUUGGCGGGGACGUCAACAAGAAUGGCAAUCGGUACGCGCGACCGGAAGAGCCCGCCCUGCUCGACCGUCAAGGUGUCGAGCUUUUGCUAAUCAAGCGAGAUCAAGAGGAGGACGAUGGAUCCAAGGGUCUCGGUGACGAACAGAGCGAAGCGCUGGCAAAGCUGGCCAAGGAGGACAGCAACAAGCUGUCUGAUGAUGCGAUCCUCAAGGAGCUUGCACUGUCCAGCAAGGACGUCGAGGUCGAGGCGUUGUCGGGCGAGUGGAUCUGA